AUGAGAUACUGUGCUAUGAACCACAUGCAUGACUUGAUUAUCACUGUGGGACCUGGCCAGGACAUCAUCAUUUCAAAGUCCAGCUUCUUCUACGAAUCGACCCCAUGCUCCGGAGUAUUCCGCGUAAGCUGGUCUUGGAGCCAAGGUGAAGCCAUCACCUUGGGCACCAGCUUUUUCUGGGGCAAGACGCUGCUCUUCAACUCGACGAGCCUCUCAGCCCCGAUGCUGCUGGACUUGGACCCUGCGAAGGACUGCCAACAGGAUUACGGCCAAAUUCCCGGGAACGCCAUUCCGCUUCACGGUGCGCCAGGGCAGGUCCUGGGACCAAAUGGCACCGUCACUGCGGAGGUGGCGGUGGGCACGCCGCCCCAGAAGCUCUUGGUGCAGCUGGACACCGGCUCGCAAAAGUUUUUCGUGGUGCACCCAGAGUGUCGAAAGCUGGCGAACUGCUUCAUGUUGGCAGCGCCUGGCUACGGGCCUCCUGGCCAGGAGAUGCCUCAUCUGUGGCUAUUCCAAACUCCCACGGUUCAGCCCCAUUACAACAGCUCCAAGUGUCGGAAGCAGGUGGAGGUGAUGCGCCACGCCCUCAACAUCAGUGGUAAUUGCACCAACGAAAACCGUGUUUCUUCAGGCAUGCAUUAUUUGCUCUCUUGUGCAUGCGAGCACAGCCAAGCAUGCUUCCGCCAAGGGCUGAAUGCAAUGCAGGAGCAUUUGGUUCCGAGUCAGGUUUGCGGUAUCACCAGGAAAGCAUGUGGCGAGACCACAGACUUUCUCUUUGGGUUGUCCGCGAGCUUCGAACCUGCAAAUCCGCCCAGCUUGAAGUUCGCGAGUCGACCCGAGGAUCAAGACCUUUCAGUCGAAUGCAACCACUCAUGUUAG